GGCGCGGGACCCGCGGCUUCCUGCCGCUGCAGCGACGCCCGAGCCGAGCGAGCCCCCCACGCAUCCCCGCGGAGGAAGAGGAGAGUCUCUUUGCUGCGGCAGAUGUGUGUGGGGUCACCACACAGCUGGGACUAUGGUGAAAUUUCCAGCGCUCACUCACUACUGGCCCCUUAUCCGGUUCCUGGUACCUCUGGGCAUCACCAAUAUAGCCAUCGACUUCGGGGAGCAGGCCUUGAACCGAGGUAUUGCUGCUGUAAAGGAGGAUGCAGUCGAAAUGCUGGCCAGCUAUGGACUGGCCUAUUCCCUGAUGAAAUUCUUCACAGGCCCCAUGAGUGACUUUAAAAAUGUGGGUCUGGUAUUUGUGAACAGCAAACGAGACAGGACCAAGGCUGUUCUGUGCAUGGUGGUGGCAGGUGCCAUAGCUGCUGUUUUUCACACUUUGAUAGCUUACAGUGACUUAGGCUACUAUAUUAUUAAUAAACUGCACCAUGUGGAUGAAUCAGUGGGAAAUAAAACUCGAAGAGCUUUCCUUUAUCUUGCUGCCUUCCCUUUCAUGGAUGCCAUGGCAUGGACACAUGCAGGCAUUCUUUUGAAACACAAAUACAGUUUUCUGGUGGGAUGUGCCUCAAUUUCAGAUGUCAUAGCUCAGGUUGUUUUUGUAGCCAUUUUGCUUCACAGUCACCUGGAAUGCAGAGAACCGCUUCUCAUUCCAAUCCUUUCUUUGUACAUGGGAGCACUUGUCCGCUGUACCACCCUCUGCCUGGGUUACUACAAGAACAUUCAUGACAUCAUCCCAGAUAGCAGUGGACCUGAACUAGGGGGAGAUGCUACAGUAAGGAAGAUGCUGAGCUUCUGGUGGCCUUUGGCUUUAAUUCUGGCAACUCAGCGAAUCAGCAGGCCCAUUGUCAACCUUUUUGUGUCCCGUGACCUUGGCGGCAGUUCUGCAGCCACUGAGGCAGUGGCAAUUCUGACAGCUACAUACCCUGUGGGUCACAUGCCGUAUGGUUGGCUGACUGAAAUUCGAGCCGUCUAUCCUGCUUUUGACAAGAAUAAUCCCAGCAAUAAACUGGUGAGCACUAGCAACACAGUGACGGCAGCACAUAUAAAGAAAUUCACCUUUGUCUGCAUGGCUUUGUCCUUGACGCUCUGCUUUGUGAUGUUUUGGACCCCCAACGUUUCAGAGAAGAUUUUGAUUGACAUCAUCGGAGUGGACUUUGCCUUUGCAGAACUCUGUGUUAUUCCUUUGCGCAUUUUCUCCUUCUUCCCAGUUCCAGUCACGGUAAGAGCGCACUUGACGGGUUGGCUGAUGACACUGAAGAAGACCUUUGUAUUGGCCCCCAGCUCCGUGCUGCGCAUCAUCGUCCUCAUCACUAGUCUUGUAGUCCUGCCUUAUAUGGGGGUUCAUGGAGCUACCCUAGGAGUGGGGUCACUCCUAGCUGGUUUCGUGGGAGAAUCUACCAUGGUUGCAAUAGCAGCUUGUUAUGUCUAUAGAAAACAGAAAAAGAAAACCGAAAACGAGUCAGCCACAGAAGGUGAAGACUCCGCCAUGACUGACAUGCCUCCAACAGAGGAAAUUACAGACAUCGUAGAAAUGAGAGAAGAGAAUGAAUAAAGACAUGAGAUGAUGUGACUGAUCACCACACCACAGAGACAGUUGGAAUAAUACUUUAGCAUCUUUUCUUCUUUCAUCUUGGGGUUUUUUUUUGUUUGUGUGUAUUUUUUUUUAAAUGAAAGAGGCCUUGAUUUAAAAGGUUUCAGAUAAAUUCUCUAGCAUACUGGGUAUGCUCACAUUGAUGUGGGACCUAAAGAGAGGUCUUUUCUUUUUCUCUUUUUUUUUUAAAUGGAAUUAGUUUUUCUGCACCAUAAAAAACUAAGAGACAUGGCUGCAUCAUAGUAGAAGUUGUCUCCAUUGUUGAAGCCUUCACUUCCAUUGGACAAUCUGCAUUUGUCAACCAAAGUCCUGCUGUGUGUCUCUGUGCCAUUGGCUACAUGGCUACUCGUGCCCUUUGGCCACGAACUCAACUCCGGUUUCUUGGUUUUUUUCUUCCUCUUUUUUAGGAUCACAAGGUUGAAAAAUACAGUAUCUAAAAGUUGAAUUUUCUUUUACUUGCUUGACAAUAACGUGGCUGUAUAAACAGAUAUAACCCUUGUGGCCUAAUGUAUUCCUCUUGCCCGUGGAUUUAUAAACUGUCUACUAUUAAAAUACAGAGGGUUAAGAGGCUAAAUUCAGGAAGAGUCAAAGUCUGUUCAAAGGAAGAGAAUUGCGAAUGGGCUUCAUUGAAAUAUGGAAAUAAUUUUUUAUAGUCUGAGAGAUCACUGGGGUAGCAAAAAUGAAUCAUAACUCAACAGUUGUAUUUCAUUUUACAUAAGAGAUUCAAAGAGGGUUGUGUUUUGUUUUGUCUCUUUAAUAUCCUAGUAUAUACGUCAGUGUUUUUUAGUCAUGUCACAUUACCAGAUUUCAAGUCUUUUUGCAUGCCAUUACCUGCUUUUCAUUCUCCUAUCCUGAAGGUGGCACUACAGGUAGUUGAAUGGAGCAUUCUAACUGAUUUUGGUUUUGGUUUCUUCAAGAGAACUGAAAGCUUUAUCUAGGUCAUAAUCUAGCAAUCUUGUGCUAGAUUGGUGUAUUAAUAACUUUUUAGGUAUAGUUUAUUGUAUCUUUCUGCCAUUCUUAUAACUUUGUGGUACUUAUAACUCAUGGAAAGCACUAGGAUAUAUAGCCCUUUCAUGCCAUACAAUAAAAAGAAGACACUUUAUAAAAUUACUAAAAAUCACUAUGUGAUCUUCCCUGAAAUUAGGCAUUUGGAAUCAAUUUAGUAAAGUAUAUUUUUCUAAGUUUCAAAAAAAUUUCUUUCUUUUUGAAUUUUGGGCACAUUUAGUUUACUAAAUUCUUGGCUUAUUCAAAACACUUGAAAACUGACAAAACCUAAAUAAAAUAUUAUUUUAAAUAUAUAUAUACUGUAUAGGUUAUGUAAUUUAUUUUAAGCUACAAUACAUUUCCUAUUUUUGCAUUUUCAACAAGAUGUCUUUAAUACAAUAUGUUGGUUGCCUGUGUGCAAAUAUAAUUAGUUAAAACAUAUUGUAUCAGUGAAUAUUAUGUCUUAGUUGCAGUAGUUGUACUUGGCUCAUUACUUGUACAAGUGCAAUAAGAUUGAGUAAAUUUCAGGCAAGAUAUUUUUCAGUAUGGGUGAAUGGGGUCUAAUUGGGCAGCCUAAGCAGAAAACAUUGGAAACAAAAUGGUAAUACUAGAUGGGCAAGGAAUAAAAAGCCCUCUGGAUUUUUUAUUUUGUUUUCAAUGUUGUACUCAGAUUAUUCCUCAUAAUAAGUUAACUAAGCUGAAUAAAGUCAACCUUGUACAGGAACAGUGUUGACAUUUAAAUUUCUGAUACACAAUAUCCCCUGGGCAUGCCUACAUUGUAUAGAGAGGCCUAUGUACUUCCUAGAGGCCUGACUUGUCAUUUUUUUCUUCUCCCACAUAGUGAGAUGUACAGCUUUAUGGCAACAGUAAAGGCAAAAUUAAGAAGUAGAAGAUGGGAGAGGGAGGUGAAUGGGGACAGAGAGCUUAUAUUUUUGUUUUAGGUACAUGGCUAGAAGUUUAAGUAGCAAUAUGUUUUAUUAUUUGCGAGUGUUUGAUGCUUGUGGAAUUGGAGCUAGAUUUUUUUUUUAAUUAAAAAAGUUAAUUUGUCCCUGAAAAUCAGGUACUUAGAGUUUCAUUAUCUUGAGUUGUGCAAAGUUGUUAAGUUGUUAAAAUUGAACUUCAGCAAGCCCCCUUCAAAUGUACCGUUCUUGUUGAAGUAACAAUGGAUACAAAAGAGCAGCAAUGUCAGCAAAUCCAGACUGGUAGAAACGGUUCUGGUGCUUUCUCGGAAUGCCACAAACCCUUCCCCGGGGAUGCAUCUGAAGAAGACCUCCUGCACUGUAGUUAAAGGAAUGGAUUUAACACAGAGACUUGAGAUCAAAAUUGAAAUCCAUGACAGAGCUCUUCUUCUAUUGUGAACAAAGGCUUCACAGAAAGAAAAAGAAUAUGAAAAGUGAGGAAUAGGGAUCAAGUAGGACUAGGAAUAGGCAAAGUAGACAGCAACCAGGCACACUUUAAUCGUUUUAGGUCAGAAAAUCUUGCUGUCUGUGAAAUAUAGGUAUUUAUCUUGUGAUAAAUCAAGCCACAUGUCCCCUCCCCCACCAAAAAAAAAUGCUCUUAAGCCUCUGGUGGAGAAGUAGCCCAUGUAAUUUUUCAGUUCUUGUUUAGGGUACCAAUGCCUUGUCUCAUUUCUAGGUGCAACACGUAUGCACAGUCUUCCUCCCAAACUGUUGAAAGAGUUGACAAGCCAGUCCUUUGGUUCUGCUUACCACAGAAAUGUUGCCACCAAGAUUUUUGAUGUGGAAGUCAAAUAGCUAAGAGAUAGAUUGAGUAAAUCAUUUCUUUAGUGAAAUAAGAGAAGAACCAUGAAGACAAUAGGGUUGGCUAACUCUCUUCAUAUUGACUCAUUUGUUGUAGGCUCAUUUCAACAUUUAAAAAAAAUAAACCUGAAGGACGUUUUCAUUUGAAAACUUAAAGAUAGCGUCUCUGACAGAUGAUUAUCCUGAGAUGGAGAAUCUUCCUAUUUCACAUUUCUUUUCUGGCUGCUGGAGGAGGAAGUUAUUUUCAAUUCAGUUGCCUUCAGUACUUUUUUAUUAAGCCGAUACAAGGAAAUAAUCCUGCUUCAAGGAGGAACUUGUAUCUCCUGGCACACAAAUCUUGCUAUAGAAAGGAAAUGGACCUCUAUUAAGAUGUGGACAUGCCUGCCAAAUAUCUCAGGGACUGUUGAGAAAUUUGUUUAUUAGCAGGAAACCCAUGACUUCUUACCAGUUUAUAAACUUGGGGAUGCAAAAUAACUUCUUUAGCACUCCUCUUUGUUUUCUGGGCUUGAAUCUGAGAUAAUAGCAUGUACAGUCAUAAUAAAAGUGGGACAAAUUAGUUCAUUUUUUCAAAAUUCAAUCCAACACCUUACUAUUAUGCUAUGCAUUGAAAUGCUAUUAUAGAUCAGUAGUUUUCCAUGAGAGGUAGCUGGGCACCAUGGCUAGAGGGCCAGCACUGAAGACAGGAAAACUUGCCUUUGAUACAUGCUGGCUGUGUGUCUAUCGACAAGUCACUUAACAGAGCCCACACACACAAGUCAAAGAUAAAGUUACAAAUGAGCUGCUGAUCUGCAUUAAGGGAGAAUUUCCAUACUCGGAGUUCCCCGAAUGGAUGAAGUCACAGGUCUGGACCAAAAAAAAAAAAUCUCAUUUAUAUAGAAACCAAAUCAGUCAUUUACAUUAUCACACCAGAUCUUCAAAAGGGAUUUGUGAAGUGGUAACUUAAGCGUCAUCCUCAUUUGAUGAGGAAGCUGAGUUUUUGCAGAGUUAAGUGGCUUGUCUGAAGUCAUACAGUAAGUAAGAAGCAAAGAUAGGACCCAGACCUAGGCAGCAGUGUUCUUUUCACUCAGUAGCUGAGCCCCAUUGGGGUUUUGACUAGAAACUCAUAUGAAAUUAAAGCAGGAGCUGUGGCCUUCAUUGGCCCUCUCACUCUCACUUUGGCUUCCUCCGUAGUUUGCCCAUAAACAGCGGAGAGGCAUUUAUGUACAGAAGGAUUGACAUUAAAUUCCUAAAAUACUGGGGAAGGAAAUCACUUGUUAUUUGAUUACUUUUCCAAACAUUUUUGCUUUUUAUUUCUUUUUUUCUCUAAACUGAAGACUCCUCUCAUUUCUAAUUUAGUAGGCUUUUCUGCUGAGGGGAAGGUGGAAUUUGCAUGUCCAUUGAUUGAAAAUAUGUUGAUUUUUAAAAUCUAAAUAGCUCUCUGGAUCAGUCUUUUUUUUCUUACCAUUAAACUAAAGUAGGAUGAGAAUAUAUUUAAAAAAAACAAAAGGGCAAACUAUAUUUAUAUAAUUGUAAUUAAAGAAUAUUCAAUUUAGAAGUAUUUGUAUUAUAUUUUAAAACCUUUCCAUUUUAAUAAACUUUAAGCGAAUACCUAAGUUAAACUUUUUUGGUUAAUAUUAAAGUUAGCCAUGGGAUCUGGGCUUUUCACUUGGAGGUAAGCUGUUCUCUGAGGUUGGAGUGAGAUGCAGCUUAUCAUAGGAUCAUAAAUUUCUAUAAGCCAGAAGAGGAAAUGGGUCUUGCCAUGACUUGUGGUUUCAAAGGCUAGCUAGUGUGUGUAAGUGUCUUGAAUGUGUAUGUGUAUAUGUGUCUGUGUCUGUGUUUAUACACAAUAGUACACCUUUCUUGAGGAUUGUAAUCAUGGCUUUAAAAGACAUAGAAAUUCAUAGGUAUGUUAAUACCUGCAAUGCACUUUCAGCUAGCUUCCUAAAAAUUGAAAAU